GAGCGAUGCAUCUCCCUGGCCCCUGAUGUUCCUGACCGUGUAUCUCAGCAACAAUGAGCAGCACUUCACGGAGGUGCCCGUCACCCCUGACACCACGUGCCGUGACCUGGUGGAGCUGUGCAAGGAGCCGGGCGAGAGCGAGUGCCACCUGGCUGAAGUGUGGCGUGGCUCUGAGCGUCCAGUUGCUGAUAAUGAGCGGAUGUUUGAUGUUCUUCAGCGAUUUGGAAGUCAGCGGAAUGAAGUUCGUUUCUUCCUCCGUCACGAGCGGCCACCCAGCAGAGAUGUAGCAAGCGGCUCGUGGCCUCAGGAUCCAAAUCUGAGAAGAAAUGGUGUGAAGGUCCCCGGAGAACACCGGAGAAAGGAGAAUGGAGUGAAUAGUCCACGCAUGGACCUCACACUCGCCGAGCUCCAGGAGAUGGCGUCUCGCCAGCAGCAGCAGAUCGAGGCCCAGCAGCAGAUGCUGGCCACCAAGGAACAGCGCUUAAAAUUUUUGAAACAACAAGAUCAACGACAGCAGCACCAGGCCACUGAGCAGGAGAAGCUGAAGCGGCUGAGAGAACUGGCUGAGAGCCAGGAAGCCAAGCUGAAGAAGGUGCGGGCUCUCAAGGGCCGCGUGGAGCAGAAGCGGCUGAGCAACGGGAAGCUCGUGGAGGAAAUUGAACAGAUGAAUAGCUUGUUCCAGCAGAAGCAGAGGGAGCUGGUUCUGGCUGUAUCGAAAGUAGAGGAGCUCACGAGGCAGCUGGAGAUGCUGAGGAACGGCAGGAUCGAUGGCCACCAUGACAGCCAGUCCGCGGUGGCUGAGCUGGACCGGCUGUACAAGGAGCUUCAGCUGAGGAACAAGCUGAACCAGGAGCAGAAUGCCAGGCUGCAGCAGCAGAGGGAAUGUCUGAACAAGCGCAACUCCGAGGUGGCCGUCAUGGAGCGGCGCGUCAGUGAGCUGCGCGCCCGGCUGUGGAAGAAGAAGGCGGCCCUGCAGCAGAAGGAGAGCCUGCCGCUGCUGCCCGAUGGCAAUCUCACCCAGCCGCCCGUGUCUGCGCCCAGCCGUGUGGCUGCCGUGGGCCCCUACAUCCAGUCGUCCACCAUGCCGCGGAUGCCCCCGAGGCCAGAGCUGCUGGUGAAGCCGGCGCUGCUUGAGGGCCCCCUGGCUGCACAGGCUUCAGAGGGGCUGGUGAAGAUGCAGACGCUGCCCAACACGAGGACCACAGCCACACUACCCAAAGGCCCGAAAGUCCCUCCUGCCGUCCCCGACUGGACCCCUUCAAGUGCAGACCUUUUCUCUGUGCCGCAGAGUGCUAGGCCUGGCUCAGACCAAGUUGACGACGGGGAAAUUCCUCUGAGGGACAAAGAGAAGAAAGUGCGGCCGUUCUCCAUGUUUGACACGGUGGACCAGGGUGCUGUCCCACCUGGCUUUGGCAUGCUUCGGAAGAACCAGAGCAGUGAAGACAUCCUUCGUGAUGCUCAGGCUGCAAAUAAGAACGUGGCUAAAGUGCCACCUCCAGUUCCUACAAAACCGAAACAGAUUAGCCUGCCUUAUUUUGGCCAAGCCGGCUCAUCACCUGCUGACACCAAACUGGAUGGAAGCCUUCAGCCGUUGCCUGCAGCUGUAACAGCUGUCAGCCACAAGCCGAAGCCUGCAGGGCCUCAGCCGAGGGUGGUGCUGUCCCCUGCGGCACCUGCAGGAGGCCAUGACCAUGGCCUGUCCACGGGGCCCAAGCAGGAGAGCCCGCCUGCAGCUGCCGUCCGGCCCUUUACACCCCAGCCUCCCAAAGAUGCUGCCCUUCCAGCCUUCAGGAAGCCCCAGACGGUGGCGGCCAGCUCCAUCUACUCCAUGUACACGCAGCACCCGGCGCCGGGGAAGAACUUCCAGCAGGCUGUGCAAAGCGUGCUGACCAAGACGCAGUCGCGAGGCCCACACUUCGCGAGCGUGUACGGCAAGCCCGUCCUCACGGCGGCCCAGAACCCGCAGCAGCCGCUGCCCGAGAACGUGCAUGGUGGUGGCCAGGGCCUGCCAGGCAGCCCGGACCCUGAGAUGGAGCCAGUGUCUUCGGCCCAGGAAAGCCAGGAGAGCGAGCGCAUCCCACGCCCACUCAGCCCCACCAAGCUGCUGCCCUUCCUGUCUCACCCCUACCGGAACCAGAGCGACGCUGACCUGGAGGCCUUGCGCAAGAAGCUCUCCAACGCGCCACGGCCGCUGAAGAAGCGCAGCUCCAUCACGGAGCCUGAGGGGCCCAGCGGGCCCAACAUCCAGAAGCUGCUGUACCAGCGGACCACGCUUGCCGCCAUGGAGACCAUCUCGGCCCCUGCGCACCCCUGCAAGGCGCCUGCCCCCAUGACUGCCAGCCCGGAGAGCCCGGGAGACAUCCCCAACCCUUACUUGCACACAGAACCCGAGAAAGAGGCUGCCCCUGCCCCCGAGCCGCUGUCUCCAGAGGCCACGGGACCUACCAGGGCAGAGGACAGUGCAGGGCCCACCCCUCCCUCAGGCCUGAACUGUGUGCCUGAAGGGGCUUCGGAUGGCAGCCCGGGUCCCCAGGGUACUGCAGAGGAGUCCCGUGCAGAGCCCCCCCGUCUGUUGGAGGUGUACCUGGAGGAGUAUCCCCCAUAUCCCCCACCACCCUACCCAUCUGGGGAGCCCGAGGUGCCUGGAGAAGACCCCGCCAGCAUGCGCCCCCCAGAAGUCACCGGGCAGGGUGCCCUGCCUCCCGGCAAAAGGACAAACUUGCGUAAAACUGGCUCAGAGCGGAUUGCGCAUGGAAUGAGGGUCAAAUUCAACCCCCUCGCCUUGCUCCUGGAUUCCUCUUUGGAGGGAGAAUUCGACCUGGUGCAGAGAAUCAUUUAUGAGGUGGAGGAUCCCAGCCUGCCCAAUGACGAGGGCAUCACCGCGCUGCACAACGCCGUGUGUGCUGGCCACACGGAGAUCGUGAAGUUCCUGGUGCAGUUCGGCGUGAAUGUGAAUGCCGCAGACAGCGACGGGUGGACCCCGCUGCACUGCGCGGCCUCGUGCAACAACGUGCAGGUGUGCAAGUUCCUGGUGGAGUCAGGUGCAGCCGUGUUCGCCAUGACCUACAGCGACAUGCAGACCGCAGCCGACAAAUGCGAGGAGAUGGAGGAGGGAUACACGCAGUGCUCACAGUUCCUCUACGGGGUUCAGGAGAAGAUGGGCAUAAUGAACAAGGGCGUCAUCUAUGCACUCUGGGACUACGAGCCUCAGAAUGCCGAUGAGCUGCCCAUGAAGGAUGGAGACUGCAUGACCGUCAUCCGCCGCGAGGACGAGGAUGAGAUCGAGUGGUGGUGGGCGCGGCUGAGCGACCAGGAGGGCUAUGUCCCUCGCAACCUGCUGGGCCUGUACCCAAGAAUCAAACCCAGACAAAGGAGCUUGGCCUGAAACGUCGCAGGAUUUUACCUAACAAGGACUCAAUCUGUGCUGGCACUAAGAAGAAAUAAUACACUUGUUCUGGGCAGAAGUCUCACAAGAUGAGCUUCAAUAACAGCAUAGCUCAGAAGGAGCAAAGACUAGGCUCUGGGAGAAAAUGAAGGACCAAAGAGGCCCCUGGGAGGUUGCAGUGCCGCACUGCUUUCAGGGAAGCAGGCCACGUCACGUGGACAGGGCCGAUGUGCGGAGAAGCUCCCGUUUCCUGCAGGACACAGGCCCGUGUGCUGCAGGGUCUGUUUCUGUCCCACAGCAGCGUCUUCAGCACUGCCCUGGACCAGUGCCCCUGUGGCACCGCCCUGGAAACCCUGCACAGCAGCCCAGGCUCCAGGGCUACACCGCCAUGUGUGGGUCUGCUGUCCGCCUGUCUGUCCGUCUGUCCUUCUGUCCAUGAGCAAUAACUGUAUCAUAGGAGUUUCUUAGAGCAUCUUAACAAUUAUACAUACAUUUGGAAUAUUGAAAUUAAGGCACACUACUUGAUCUAAACUAGAUUUAGAAUCUUGUUUUUAGGCUGAAUUUGAAUCUAUAUUUAUUAUCUUUUGUAUUUUGGAAAUUAGUGACUUGUUACAGAU